AUGGACAACACUACUGCAACUUCACGAGUUGUGACAGCUCCUAGCCUCUUACGCCUACGAUUCUCGUACUGCGACCGACUCCCGCACCAAUCCCAUCCCCCGACACACACGCAGACCGAUCACCAGCUGCGUUUCCGCUCCCUGUACUUGCACGAGAUUGACGGGCGGUGGUUAUUGGUCACUCAACAUCCGUUCACCGAACGCUUCUUAAAUCUACACAUUCGUCUGCUGCCGGAAGCAAGAGAUCACAUCUCUCGAUCAAGAAUCGCCAGCAUCACAAGCGGCGACCUUCCACAACGGCAACACGCUCAUUCAAGCUUUGGCGUAGCAUGCACCGCAGCUGUCGUUCGCAGACCACGCGACACGAUUUCGAUUGCGACUUCACCAAACAAGAUCUCACUGACCAGGAGCCACAUCACAGCCAUCAAGCACGGCUCGACGGACCUGGAAUCGCGCAGUGAUCACAAGAAGACGGCCAGCACAAACACUUUUCAUCUCGAACGGCUGAAUGAUGGACAGCACAUUGGUCGCCGGCUAUCCGCCACAGGCGAGAUUGCCGCCCAGUCGCGAUAUCGGCUCAAAGGCAAGCGAAAUCCGUGUGAAGAGGCGGAAAAUGGUACACCCACGCCCUGUGACUGUCGACGGAUCUUGCUACUGCUGUGA